AUGUCUUAAAACUAAGAAAAAAAAUUAUGCAAAGCUCAUAAUUUAUAAAUUAUUGCAACAGAUCUCAAAGAGUCUUGUAAUGAAGAAAGUAGAUAUUUAUGUGCUUAAUGUUUAACUCAAAAAGUAAUGUAAUCAACAAUACACAUUAAUGAAGAUGCUGAGAGUUUCUUAAAUGAUAUUAAGACAGAUUAUCAAUAAACAAAGAGUCAAAAUAUUGAAAAAACCUAAAAUGUUCUAAAUCAGCUUUAAGCUUGCAUUGAUGAUUUAAAAAGAAAUUUAGUCCUAAUUUGUGAAAAAAUCUCUCAAUAAAUUAAUUAAGAAACCGAUAGACUAUCUAAACUAUUAGAAAAUUUGGAUUAAACUGUUAAAUCAAUUGAUAUUUAUAAUUUUAAUGAAUUAUUUCCCAAAUUGUAGAACGAAGAUUUAGAAAAUUCAAAAAACUCAUUUAAAAGCAUUUUAUAAUCACAAUUAGUUCAAAUUCAAGAAAAUCAAAAAUUUUAAGAAUUUAAUCAAUUACUAAAUUCUUUUGAAUUUUAGACUGGUUAAUUAGAAUUCUAUUAAAGUGAAUAAUAAUAGUAACUUUCAGAGGAAAACUAAACAGUAUUAAAUUAAAAUAUCACAUUUUUAGGACACUCCUGGAUUAAAAGUACUAUGCUAAAGUCAUAAUAAAGAAAUAAUUGCUUUUGAUUUAGAUCCUGAAAGAGCUAAAGAAAAUAGAUUAGCUUGCAUUUAUUGUAUAGAAGAAAAUGCAAUAAAAUAUGUUUCAUUGACAAAAGUCUAAAAAUAAUGGAAUUAGUUAGAAGAAAUAAAGAAGAAAAAGCUUGAAGCAUUGUAGUAAAAACAUUCUGAAAAUGAAUAAGUUAUAGUGUAAUAAUUAAAUGUUUUCACAGAAGUAUUAAAAUAAAAAAAUUAAGAAAUUACUGAUUAUCUCAAAGAACAUAACUCAAUUAUGAACAAUAUAGUGAAUUCUGCAUUAUAAGGAAUGAAUUAAAAUUGGUAAAAAUUUUAAAAAAAAAACAUUCUAGACAUAAUUGAAACUCUUUCAACUGUUCAAUUAAACGAAGAGAUUACAUUUAAAUAAGAAAAAGAAAUCCUAUAAUAAGAAAUACAAUUGAAAAAAAGCGUACAUGAUUCCUUCUAGAAACUUAAAGAAACUUACAUUUCAACAUUGCAAAAGAUAUCAGAAAAAAUUUGUUGGGAUAAUGAUUUAAUAUCUUUUAAUACUAUAAAAUUGCAGAAUAAAGAACUGAUUUAAACGCCAAAAGAGAUUGAGUUUAAUAUAUAAAUGUAAUGUGGACUAAAAUAACAAAACAUUAAAUAAAUAUAAACGUAAACAGAAUAAUAAGCAUUAUAACAAGGAUCAAUAAAUUAUUUAAUGCUUUAAAAUCAUGCUAUAAAGCAAAAUGAUAAUUUUAGAGCAUUAAGUUUUACAAAAGAAAAUGAUUUCUUGAUAGCUGGGUGUAAUAAAUAAAUACAUAUAUACAAAUUUUGUUGGGGAUAAUUGGAAUUGAUUUAAUAAAUAGAUAAACAUGAAUAAAAUAUUUGUUCAAUUUAUAGUAUGAAAAAAAGUAAAUCUUUCAUUACAGGAGAUUUCAAUGGGAAAAUAAUUGUUUGGAUUUAUGAUGAGAAUAAGUGGAAAAGCUAAGCUGAAGUUAAAGAACAUUCAGAUUUUGUUAAUUAGAUUUUAUUAAAUAAGGAUGAAAAUGAAAUGAUAACAUGUAGUGAUGAUAAAACUAUUAAAUUUUAUACUAAAGAAUAAUAAUAAUGGAAAUGUGUAUAAACAAUAAAGAAUCACAUAAAUAAUGUUCAUGCGAUAUCAUUAAAUCCUUCAGAGAAUACUUUGAUUUCUUGUGGAUUUGAUAACAUAAUUUCAAUUUUAGUAAAAGAUUUUCUUUAAAAAGAGUGGUAGAUGAAGUAAACAAUUAAGUGUGAAUAAUAUGGUUAUAGAAUUUGCUUCUUUAAAAAUAACAGUUUCUUUUUUUAACCUUAGGGAUAAUAGAAAAUGUAGUUAUUUUAAAAAUCUAGUCAAAAUGGUGAAUUUGAGAAAACUAAAGAAUUUGAAGUGAAUAAAUUAUAUAGUAGCUGUAGUAGAUGGUUCUAAAUGGAAUAUUAAGUUUAGAAUUAAUUAUUAUUAUGUAAAAAUGGAAACUGUGUAAAUUUAUUUAAAGUGUAGGAUGAUUGCACUUUGAAAGCUGAAUAAACUAUUACAUUUGAAACUUCAGGUAUUUGUGGAGCUUUAACUAAUGAUACUUUAUAUUUAAUUUUAUGGGAUGAUAAAUCAAAAUAAUUUUAGAUAAGGAAACAAUUUAAUGAAUGA